AAGAGGGGAACCUUCUGACCACUAGCCCCGCCCCCCUAAGAAUCUACUUUCAGUUGAGACACUAUGGUUGAGACAAUGGCGACUAAAGAAGGGUUCUCUGUUAAUAAGAGAGAUUGCUGAAACGAAAGAGCCAGAAAUUGAAUUGAACUCGGACAGCGAAGACCAGUGACAGUGACAAGGAGAAUAUAGAGACAAAAGUCAUGACUGGCCUGGAGUAAAAGACGAAUUGAUAGAUAUGCAAACAUGACUGAACAUUUAACCAUAGAUAAUGUUUUAACUAUGCUCUUUGUAUUGUUUACAUACUGCCCUUUGCAGCUCACUAGGAAGUUUAGGGCAAAUACUAUAAUAGUAAAUUGCAAAAAACCACUUGGACAAAUAUUUUGCAAAAAUUAAUGCUGAUUCAGCAACAAUUAUGCACAGUCAGCAAUAAUUAAAGGGAUUAGCCUCGAUUCCAGGCCGCACUGAAGAUUAUGUGCAUAAUUAUUGCUGAAUCAGCAUUAUUUUUUGAGAGAGUGGUGGAACAGAAGCCCAACUGUACCGAUGAAGAAGCGUCCACCUGGAUGAACAGUGUUGUCCCAGCCGUUGAGAGUAUCCACGGCGUCAACUUGUACGGCAUUGUAUUGGUUGGUAAUGGACAACUGCCUCGUGGGCCGGAGGUGGUACAAGUCCACGAGGCAAGACAGAGGUUUAUAGAGCUAGAGGGCUCACUGCAUCUGGUCAACUUGUUGAUGUGUCCCUACCAGUGUGUCACCAACCUCCCAGUACCCAAGCCUCACUCAUCUGUGACCGGAGCCGCCCAGUUGAUAGGAGAUCUGGUGACGGGUCGAGUGGCUGACAUAACCGGCCAGGCGUUCAACCUCCCUUAUGACGAUGGUGACGGAGCUGGCAAGUUCCAGAAUCUUGGGGAGGUCCUCCGCUGGAGGGCACAGACUCAGCCAGACAACAGUCUACUAGACAAUAGGGGCCACUCUUUGCGAGCCAUGAACUGCAUCAAUCUCCACAAGCGUGCUGAACGUAUCGGUGCCUUCAUCUUGGACAAGCUUCGGCUCAACUCUAGUGACCACAUUGCCCUCCUCUACCCACCUGGUAUUGAGCUCAUCGCAGCGUUCUAUGGCUGCCUGUACGUGGGGAUGGUCCCUGUCAUUAUCCGACCCCCCCUCAUGACCAACCUCCCUGGUAGUCUGCCCACCAUUAAGCUGACUCUGCAGAUCAGUAACUCUCGAGCCAUACUCUCGUCCAACAUUGUCCUCAAAAUCCUCAAGUCGAAGGAGGCUGCUCCGAUGCUUGACUUUAAGACCAUCCCUCCCCUGAUGGUCACUGAUGACCUACCCAAGAAGAAGAUAGAGAAGUACUACAAACCACCCACCGCAGAACUGAUAGCCUACCUUGAUUUCAGUGUCUCCACCACUGGAGUCCUGUCAGGGGUCAAGGUAUCCCAUGCUGCGAUCAUGGGCAUGUGUCGGGCCCACAAGCACAUCUGUGAGCUGUACCCCUCAAGAGAGGUGACCCUGUGUCUGGACCCUUACUCUGGCCUGGGGCUACUGCUCUGGGCUAUGUCUGGAGUGUAUGCUGGUCACCACACUUUCUUGAUCAGCCCGUACGACCUCGAGCUGAACCCUAUCCUCUGGUUGUCCGUGGUCAGCAACAACAAAGUUCGAGACACAUACGUUUCCUAUGCCACCAUUGACAUCUGCUGUAGAGAGUUGGGCAGCAGCACAGAGUCAUUAAAGACUCGGGGCAUUGACCUGUCGGUGGUUCGUACGUGUGUGGUGGUGAGUGAGGAGCGACCCAGGACCUCCCUCCUCUCGUCCUUUGCUGCCUUGUUUAGCCCCCUCGGACUAGCGUCACAUACAGUCAGUGCUUCGUUUGGCUGUCGAGUCAACUCUGUCAUCUGUCUACAAGGUCCCCAGCACCCCGAGCCGUCCAGUGUGUAUGUGGACCAGCGUGCUCUGAGAGUGGAUAGGGUGACUGUGCUAGAGAGGGGGGCUCCUCACAGUGUCUGUUUAAUGGAGUGUGGGAAGAUUCUCCCUGAUGUGAAGUUGACCAUUGUCCACCCAGAUACAAAAAUUCCUUGUGCCCACACGGACCUGGGAGAGAUUUGGGUGAGCAGUCCUCACAAUGGCAGUGGUUAUUACGGGCUCAAGGAUGAGAUCAAUGAUGCCUUGUCUCGGGAGCACUUCAAGACAGUAGUGCAGGGUGGAGGGGACACCAGUGUCCACUACGCCCGUACUGGCUACCUCGGCUUUAUGAUGAAGUCAGAGAAGACUGACAGGCAGGGAGCUAACUACGACAGUGUGUAUGUGGUGGGGGCGUUGGAUGAGGCUCUGAACAUUAGAGGGUUCCGAUACCACCCUGCUGAUAUUGAAGCUUCUGUGGUCCGCAGUCACAAGAAUGUUGUUGGAAGUGCUGUAUUCUCGUCCAAUCGCCUGCUGGUGGUGGUGGCUGAGCUGUCGGGAGAGGAGAGAGAAGCACUGGACAUUGUGCCUGUCAUCACCACGGCACUAUUGGAAGAGCAACAGCUGGUCACUGGCAUCGUGGUAGUCGUGGACCCCGGAACCAUCCCCAUCAACUCCAGAGGAGAGAAGCAACGCAUUCACCUCAGAGACUCUUUCCUUGCUGACGAAGUCGACCCCAUUUAUGUAGCCUACAAUUUGUAACCAAAACUCGUCUGUUAAUUGUAGUUACAGGCACUUUAUGUUUCAUCCACCACAAUAUAUUUUCUUUAUGUGUGCAGCUCAGUAGUUUGUAUUUAGAGUAUCGCCUACACUGUUGUACAUGCUCACAAUAGUUGUAUGCACUGUCUGCUUUACUGCUUUAUUAUUGUGUAUACUUUGAAA